CGCUAUCGCAAUUACAAUACAAUCAACCAAGUCAAAGAAACAACAACAUCCAUCCUACCUCAAUGAUCCAUCCAACCAUGGAGAUGAUCCAACCAUUUAUUUCUACCUCUAUGAUCCAACCUACCUAGUUGCGAUAAGCCCAUGAUAAGAUUCAAGAUGAAACGUAAUGAUUUUUAUGAAGUGAGCGGGCAACAGCAGGGAUAUGGUCAGCAGACCCAAGGACAGCAGCAGAUGACACCUUCAAUUCAGCCUCACCAGAAGCUGAAUGUGAUAACAAGCAGGCAAGCUGAAGCGAUCCGUACCGGUGAGGAUGUAGGCUUGAACCCCAUCAUUGCAAAAGGUGCUCCAAAGAAGGUGGAUCCUGCACUCGUAGAAGAAUUCAUGUUGGGAAUGAAGAAUCCAGUCAUGGCUCUUAAUGAAUUCUGUCAGAAACAACGACUGUCGAUUAAGUUCCAGGAGGAAGCAGCUUGCUCUUCAGGGAGCUUUGUCAAUCUCAAGUUUGGCUCAGUUGCUAUCGUUGAUGGGGUACGACAUGCACAAGGCACUGGGAGAACAAAAAAAGAAGCUAAAAGUGAUGCUGCCAAAAAUGCCCUAUCCAGUGUACUUGGUCUGACCCCAGAUGAUGUCCAUGAACCAGAUUUAGGAACUGUGAUAUAUGACAGUAGAGGUCGCAAAGUUACUCUGUUGGAAGAGAGACCUGUGGCUAAAUCCAUGGUUGCACAUCCUGACACAGAGAAGAGCUAUAGUAGUGGUGGUCAUUAUCAGCUGAAUGCAACCCAUGCACCUACUGUCACAUCCAAAGAUGCUUGGAAUAUCAAUAAGCAAGAGAACUAUGCUGAGUAUCAAGUCAAAGUGGCUCAACAGGCAGACAUGGCUAAGCAGAGAGUCCAAGCUGUAAAUGUACAAGAGAAAAAGACUCCUCCUGCACCAUCCCCUGCCCAGACAUCUUCAAUAACCCCUCUACAAACAGCUGUACCAUCCCAUGUAACGACAGCUCCUGUGAACCACUUUGGCAGGGGUGUCCUCAACCAAGACAUAAUGAAAAACUGUUCCCAGGUUGUAUCACCUGGUCACCACCAAGGGCAACAGCAAGCACCUUAUCAGCAUGGAUAUACUGGUAUACAGAAUGCAGCUGAUCAAGGUUACCAGCCUCAAACAGCUGGUUUCCAACCACCAAACGAUACCACUAGGGCACAGUCUUCACACAGCACUCCCUCAGUUGGUAUCCAACAUGACAGUGUCCCAGGUAAAUCUAGUCAAAGUGCUCCAUCUGCCUGGAGUGUUGGUAUUGAUUCAGCUGACCAAUCUCAGAGGCAGUGUCAGCAGAGUUACUCUGAUGUAGACUCAUGGUCUUCAUCAAGUAGUGGACAAGGUAGCCAAGUAGCAGGAGGGUAUCUCCACCAGGGACAGUCAGGUUCAUACACAGUGCCAGCAAAUACCAAUGCAUUCCCAACAUUAAGUCGUGACCCUGCCGGUUCUAAACCACAUGCAUCUAAUUCUAAACAAACCUCCAAGUCCAAUCCACAGAGAGGGCAUAGUAUUAACUACCAGCCUUAUGUUGAGCCAUCCUUUGAUUUUGAAGGUGUUCCAGGUACUGCGUUUCCACAGUUUGGGGUCAAAAAAACAAUUACUGCUGCACGAGUCCUUGGUCAGCCACAACAACCAGGUUCUUUCUCAUCAUCUCAACAAUCUAGCUCCCAAGAUGGCUGCUUUCCUGAUCAAUCAGCCUCUGUAGUGUUAUCAAACAAUGACCAAUUCCAAGCUGCCUCUCAACAGAGCCAUACAGCAAAGCCUUACCCCUCAGAGUUUCAUGCUACUCAGCCACAAAAACCUCAACUCCCUGUAUCUCAACCCCAUGUACACCAAAGUCGUGCUCACCAACCCAAUGUACCCAAAGUUGUUGCAUCUCAACCUAAUGUGCACAAUACCCAUACACCUCAGCGUGACCCUCAGCCAACACCGGUUGAAAACACACAGUCUAUCCUGAGCUGUGGUCCGACAGUAGCUGAUCAAAUUGGUGAGAUUGCUACAAGUAUCCCCAGAGUUGGAGCACCGUUUUCAGGCUGUAAUCGGAUUGAGGCACGCAAGAGCUAUGCUGCGUUUCUGCUGCAGAAAAGUCCAAAAGGGAAACAUGAGUUGAUAAGUCUUGGCACAGGUGUAGGAGCAAUUAAUGGACGUAAUAUCAGCAGUGAUGGACGAUGUAUGAUAGACCUGAAUGGACUAACCAUUGCUCGUAGAGGUCUUCAGAGAUACUUCUAUCGUGAGCUCAAGAAUUAUUAUGAAGGUAACCGUCACAUCAGUAUCUUCACCAAUCAGGGUAGUAGUCAGCUACUGACACUCAAGGAAGGUGUUACACUACAUUUGUACAUGAAUGCUGCACCCAGCGGUGAUGGGGCUAGAUUUGUACGAGAUUGUAACGAAAGAAUCGCUGAAGCAGACCUGCAACUGAUGAUGUUUGGUGCUCACUACCCAGUUCAAGAACCAGAUACAGCACAGGGGAAGCUGACUGCGUUAUGUGCAGGUGGUGAGAUAAUUGCAGCAGAAGAAGUACAACAAACAGACUCGUUAGAUAUGGCUAAAAAACAGAAACCAUUCCGAGUGAUGUCCAGCAGUGAUAAGUUACUGGAGUGGAAUAUAAUUGGCCUCCAGGGGGCGCUCCUUAGUCUUUUCAUCCAGCCUGUCUACUUGGAUACCAUCACUUUAGGUAGUGACUAUGACCAUGGACAUCUUGCCAGAGCUAUAUGCUGUAGAGUAGAUGAUGAGUUAACAGACAGACUACCUGCAGGUUACAGCGUUCAUCACCCACUCAUCGGAAGAGUAUCUAACACACCUGCAGUUGAAGAUGACUUCAAGCUGGGAUUAAGUCUCAAUUGGUCAUUUGCAGACAGUCUAUAUGAAGUUGUUGAUGUCAAUAGAGGGCGAUGUACAGAGGGUUCGCCGUUCAGAAGUGGUGCUGUUGGAGCAAGUCGAGUCUGCAAAGCUGCUUUUUAUAGCCGUUUUAAGAAUGCCUGUGGCAUGGCCCAACGCUAUGACCUUCUGCAGGGUAGUAACUAUCAUCAGAGUAAGACGAUGUGUGUCGACUACCAACAUGGCAAGCAGGUCCUAACAGCUCAUUUGAAGCAGAAAGGUUAUGGUUCUUGGCUGCGUUUACCCUCAGAGAUUGGUGGAUUCUCAAAGUAGUAGAGAUCAUGAGCUCCGUUACUUGGCAGGAAUACAACCUGUACGUUGUUACCAUUAUAUGCUUUAUGAUGAGCCCAGGAAAUGCAACCAGAUCUUCUUAUUUUUCCAACUUGCAGAGAUUUCUACAUAAAUUGUGUAUAUAUUAAGGCAUUAAACUACUUCCCACAGAUGUUUUCAAAGAAUGCUUUUUGGUAAGAACAUACAGUUAUUGGUUGUCACAAUGAAACCAUGACUAUAAACCAAGUAGAGACAACAGGUGUCCGCAUACAAUGCACCGGGUUGUUUUUUCUCUUUCAAUCAGCUGCCCUCUGUUGGGGUACGUUCAGACGAGGAACUAAACCAAAAGUGCUUAAAUAACCCUCCGUUGAAAUGCGCAAAUAAGGUCUGCGAUCAGGGUUAAUUUGACCCACAGAACUUGGCUAAACUUGUCCUUAAGAAAAGGUAGAGUGGCGCAGUUAAGUCCAGGUUUUAAGACAAAAAAGCAAGUUCUAAUUUUCAGUCGUUUUUUUCUUCUUUUUUUUCUGUUUCAACACGUAAUAAAUGGUAUGCUGUGCAUACCACUGGUUAUCGAGAACCAAGCCCAUAAACUAGGUUUUGUCUGGUUCCUUCCUUCAACAACUUACUACAGUGGUACUAUCUAAGAUCAAUUGCUCCAGUUGAGUUUAUACCAGACUGAUUUACUUGGAGCGUCAAACCCAAACAAAUUUGUUCUACUACUACUAUUACUAGGUUCUUAUAUAGUGCUUUACCACACUUGUCCUGCAAGGUAUGUUUAACUACAUUUUGCUGUAUGAGGCCUAUUCCUUUAAAGCACCGUGUAAUGGUUUACAAGGUGAUGUGGCGUAGUAUGCUGCUACUAUCUAACCAGGAACACCGGGGAACACCCCUUCUCUCUUUUAAUAAGUGCAAUGGGUUCUUAUACAUGCAUUACACAACAAACAGGACCAAUGGCCAUCCAAAGGACGAAGCAGUGGUUAAGUGUCUUGCUUAAGGA